AUGCGGUAUACAUUGGUCUUCACGACUCUUCUUUCUCUCUGCCUCCCCGUCACUAUCGCGACAGACCCCCGUUACUGCCAGAAUAAAACGGUUCUUGAUGGUGCAGAUUUCACCCUCGAAGAAUCCGCAGACAAUGCUCACCUCCCUGUGCUCUCAAAGUACUUUGAGUCCAAGGGUAAAAUUGCCAACAUAUCUACGGUUCUUCAAUCCGCGAAUCGUGCCUUAAGUAAAGGUUCGCCCUCUGUCGGCAAUGGGUCUCCCUCCGAGGCAUGGGCUUGGAACUCAGGUGAUGACGCGACAGCGACUUGGGUUCCGCAGGGAAUCACCGGCUCUGGUGAUGCUUUGAAUACGGGAACGUGGGAUGGCCACGAUGCGUGGGUCGUCAGUUGGUAUCGUUCUGGAGAAAGUGUACGGCUUAGCUUUAUUGAUCGCGCAACGCACAAUUAUCGCCAUGUGAUGCUUGUGAAUCCUACUGCCGACGAUAACUUUACAGCCAUCGCUAUUCAUGCGGGUGGUAUCAUGUGGUACGGCAAUGUGCUGUUUGUUGUCGAUACCCAUAAUGGUAUUCGUGCAUUUGACCUGGACAACAUCUGGGAGGUUGAGAUUGCCGAUGGGGUCGGAAAAACUACAGAUGGAGGGUAUUCUGCGGAUCAAUACCGAUAUGUGCUUCCUCAGAUCCGCAAUUAUCAAUGGACACCCGGCUCCGCUUCUCCCUUCCGCUUCUCUUGGAUUUCGCUUGAUCGCAGCGAUUCACCCGACACCCUCAUGGUGGGUGAGUUUGUGUCAGCUGGAGAAACUUUCGACGAUGCCGCAAAUACGCCCGUCCCUAUCCGCUAUGUGAAAUACGAUCUGGAUUAUGCGACCCGGAAGCUGAAGACUAGUGGGGGCAUCGCUUCCGCAAGCUGGGCGUACUGUGUCGAUAUACCCAACGUACAGGGUGCUGUUUCAUACGACGGCGAGUUUUACAUCUCGCGCAGCACAGGCAAAGCUCCCAAGCAAGGCGAUCUUUUCACUUGGGAAGAGGGGCAGACAGCGACAGAGCACACGGGGUGGUUCAUGGCUGGAAAUGAGGAUUUGAGCUACAACCUUGUUCAUAAGGAGUACUAUACUGUCACCGAGUAUGCUGGAGAUCGGUACAUUCUAGCCUACAAGGUCUAG